UGAGAGUAGGGAGAUUUUUGUUGUUAGAUUAUUGCAUGUUACUGUUAGAUAUAUUUUGUUUUUUGUGAAAAAAGGUCCAGGUAAUUUUGUAUCCCAAUAUGCAGAACGCAACAAGUAUUCCUGAAAUUAUUGCUCCGUUGUAUUUGGCAAAUGAAUAUUUGCCAGAAAAUCCGCUGAAAGCGCCGUUCCGAGAUGCGUGGAAUUCUAUGAACGAAAACUACACAAAGUUUCAGAUUGCGACAUGGGGAUCUCUUAUUGUACACGAGUUUGUGUACUUCGCAGCAUGUUUGCCUGCAUUUCUCUUCCAAUUCAUGCCGUUCAUGAGAAAAUUUAAGAUACAGCCAGAUAGACCGGAAACCUUUGAUAAACAAUGGAAAUGUUUCAAGCUGCUCAUGUUCAGUCAUUUCUGUAUCCAGCUGCCCAUGAUAACUGGUACAUACUACUUCACGGAGUUUUUCAACAUCCCGUAUGAUUGGGACCACAUGCCAGCAUGGUGGGACAUUGGGUUGCGAGUGUUUGGCUGUGCGGUGAUAGAGGACACGUGGCACUACUUCCUGCACUGGGCGCUGCACGACAGGAGGAUUUACAAAUACAUCCACAAGCUUCACCACAACUUC